AUGUCAAAGCUGCUACUCCUUGGUCCAGCACUCGCAACACCCGCCCGCCCCGCUCCUCCUCCGCCCACCUUCAAGCUAUUCUUACAGUCCAAAUUCCCAGUCACACCCCAUCCAAACACCCAAGUCACUCUGACUCAACAGGCUCUGGACAGCGCUCUUCUCCUGGUCUUCUUCGUUCUCUUCAUAACUCCAUCCACCCGCCAGCUUCUGAGCUCGUCUGCACUCGUUCUAGCCCUCUCCACAUCCGACGUCUUGCGACACCUCCUCACCGUCUGCAUGUUUCUGCUCAUGGCUAUAUGCGGUCUUCUCGUGUUCCUCUGCAACCCCUACCCUGACCUGUUGCACGCCCUCGACAAGUUCCUCAUCCUCGUGGAUCUCGUCCACGAGGUCUAUGUCUACUGGAUCCGCCAUGAGCUACCAUCCGACAUCGAAUCCCAGUGCACACCCGCAGGCAUACAGCACCAACAAAGCCCUCUUCUUUGUGGACAGCACUACCACGAAUAUUCCCUCCUGGACGAGGAACGCCCCACUGUCAACCUGCCGGGAGCAUUGUCCCAUCACCGCCUACUUUCAAGCCCGUCCUCUAUGGCGGCUGACAAGCAGCGGAGGCGAUCACUAUUCACCGUCGACCUGCCUCCGCUCGACGGGAUGUCCUCGGAAAGCCUCCUCCUCAAAUCGUCUCCUAUCGACACUCACACCGCUUCUACCGAUGCGUCUCUGUUCUCGUCCGUGUCGUCCGGCGCGUCCAACAACACCCACGAUCUUACAGGCACUCCCGCUCGAUCUAACACCGGCCGAACUACCACCGCCCUCCGGGAUGUCAAUACCCUCUUCAAGACCAUUUUCACUCGAGACGAGGACGUCCGAUGGGAUUACGCGUGA